CUUUAUUUGGUUUCUUAUUAAAUUCACCUCUCAUUUAUUUAUUUUGUGAAAUUCAUUUGUUUUUAUGUGUUUUCUUUUUGCCAAAUGAGAUGCCUUCUUGUGAAAUAUAUCUGUGAGUUCCAGAAGCUUGAAUGUUAGUGUCAUAGUGUGUUCAUCUGACUGCAGACCUUGGCUUAUUUAUAUUUGUGUGUGUGUAUAUAUAUACUAUUUAACAUGCAAAUGAACAGAAUCUUGCUAUGAAUAAUAAAUACAAACAUAUCAUAGGUCCUUCUACAAAAGUAAAAGAAAGAAAAAGGAUAUCAUUGCAGGCCUUUUGAAGUUGAAAAAGCUUUCCAAAAUGUGAACUAGUUUUUUCCCUCAAUGGAAUAAUCAUAAUGCUCAAACUUAACAACUUUGGUGAGAAUCCGAUAAAACUUUAUUAGGUGGAAAAGGGAACAUAUUUUUAUUUUGUAUGGUUGAGAUGCCAUGAUUUGACUGAAAUGUUUUUGAUCUGCAUGGCCCCAUUCUUUGAAUUUUUUAGUCCUUGCACCUUUGAAUUACUGUAUAGAAUCAUGGUGUUUUAGAAGUUUGGUCAUCAAAGUGAUUCUACAAAGCUUCCAUUUUAGCUUUAUGUUUUUUGUUGUAUCUUUUUGUCGAAUGUUUAUGAUCUGUUCUAGCUGCAUGGGAGCAUGGAAUUGCAGAUGCCCCUAUUGAAGACUCUGGUUUUUAUUUGCCUUGUAAUAGUAAAUAUAACAAGACAUUAUAAAAAAAUACAAAACAGGGAGCCCUUUUCAUUUGAUCUUGUAGUCCAUAAUGAUGAAUGUCGAAUCGUAAUGAAAUACCACUGAUUAUUGAUGAAUUGAAGCUAAAGCUCCAAUGUGCCACGCUGGAACUCGAAGCUGUAAGAUCACAGGCAAAUGAGGAAAUUAAACAAUUAAUCCAACUCCUGAAGAUGACCAUUCAGGAAAGAAAUGAAACUAGGGAUCAGCUUAAUAAGCUGAUCAACAAGUUUAUGAUUCCUUCAGCAAAGCCAACUACAGAAAUAUUGUCAACGAUGCCCCAAAUUUCACCUGAAUUUCCCCUAGUGAAGAGCGCGAGAACAAACUCAAGUAUAACAGAAUCCAACAGCUUCUCUGAUCAGCCAUACAAUUACCAUACACAACAUUCAUCCCCAGUUGAAUCUCUUUUUGAUGCGGUGACAUCCCCUGAUUUGUCAAACAUUAAUAACCACCAGAUUGUUGAUUCAAGUAACAUGGCAUAUGUGAAUCAUGAGCCCUUUGUUCAGGAUUAUAAUGUGCCUUCUGCACUUGUGAAAGUUAAUCAGGCUUCUUUGACUAUUGAUAAUCUCGUACAAGGUAAACCUUUGCCUCAGAAGGGUAAUCUCGUGCAAGCUGUACUAGGAGCAGGGCCACUUCUGCAGACACUUCUUGUGGCUGGUCCACUUCCAAAGUGGAAAAAUCCACCACCUCUUCAGAACUUUCAUAUUCCUCCAGUUUCCAUUAAAGGCUGUGACAUGGAAAAUUUCGGCCUAAAGGUAUCUGACAGUCCAAGUCAUGUCGUUACACUAUUGAAUUCAAGAUCUGACGUCGAGAUGUCUUGUGGGACUUUGAAAAUGAUUCCGAUGGUGAAUUAUGGACACAGGGCACCAAGUUCAUGUGAUGGAAAUGGAAGGUCUAUGGUAUCUGCUGCAGAUGUUAACAGUUCUGUAGCUGGUAAGAGACAGAGGUUCCGCUAACGUCAAAGAAGACUGAUCGAGGUAGGUAAAAAUAGUUUGAUUUUGUUGGUUGAUGGUUGAGGGUGUAAAUUUCUUGGGCUUUGAUGACAUUUAGCACUUAAGUUCGAAUUUAUUAAAAUUAUCUUGAACA